AUGCGCAUUUGGUUUAGAGUGGGACUUAGAGCUCGAAACAUGGCUGAACCUCAUGUACAUGUACCGUGUGUACAGAGACAAAUCUUUUACGAACAGUUGGAUGCCUUGAAAAACAAACAGACCAAAAACGAAUCACAGAUAACGCUUUUUAUCAAGGAUUCAUUCUUCGAUAAAACAAAAGCCUAUCUUAAAUACCAGACCAAGAUGCAGCUUGGAAUUCAAUCCGACGAAAACAUGCUGUCGAAGUGGGAAAAAUCAACAGUCAUGGCUUAUUCAGACAACUCAAUAAUAACACAAAACAAGAGAAAGGUGGUCCCUAAAAGGGACAUUCACAACGUGUUGUCCCUCGCUCACGAUCGCACUGCUCAUCGUGGUCGACAAAUUACUUCUAAAUGGAUCAGUAACAACUAUUCCAAAGUCAAUGUGAAGGUGGUAGCCAUAUUUGCUGGCCCGUGCCCAAUUCAUGCGGAGCCGCAGUCAGUAACUAGCCGUGUUAAGCUUGUUGAUAAACCUAUUCAAUCUCCGACAUUUCUAUCUCUCCUAGAGAUAGAUUUAAUGGACUUCCGUAACUGUCCUUCUGAUUGUACUGAGAAGCACACAUGGGCCAUGAACAUAACUGAUCAUCAUACUAAGUAUGUUUACAUAACACCUCUGAAGGCCAAGUCUGCCGAUGAAGUACUUACCAGAUUCAAACCCUACUGCUACACCUAUGGCUUUCCGAAAAAAAUCCUAACCGACAAUGGUAAAGAAUUCGCAAACAAAAAGAUGGAAGCAACACCAACCAUUCAAGGUUUGGAUGAAAGAUCAAAUCGAACUUGGAAAGAGGAUAAAUUAUGAGAGCAUU